GCCCGGCCCCCCCUGCAUAGCCCGCCCGGCCCCGCCAUGCUGGUGCCCGUGUUCACGCUGAAGCUCAGCCACAAGAUCCUGCCCCGCAUGGUGGCGCUGGGCCGGUACGAUGGGACGCACCCCUGCCUGGCGGCCGCCACGCAAGCGGGCAAGGUUUUUAUUCAUAAUCCUCAUGCCCGUGGGCAGAGAACAAGCACAAACCGAAUGGUGCAAAGUAAUCAAGACUCGGACAUUUCCCUUCUCAACAUUAAUCAAGCAAUCAGUUGUCUUGCUUCAGGAGUGCUGAACCCUCAGCUUGGUUAUGAUUGUCUUCUGGUUGGAACACAGACUAAUUUGUUGGCUUAUGAUGUAUAUAACAACUCAGAUUUGUUUUACAGAGAGGUUUCAGAUGGAGCCAAUGCAAUAGUCCUUGGGAAUCUGGGAGAUAUUUCUUCUCCACUUGCUAUUAUUGGUGGAAACUGUGCCCUGCAGGGCUUUGAUUAUGAAGGAAACGACCUUUUUUGGACAGUUACUGGAGACAACGUUCGUUCAUUAGCACUGUGUGAUUUUGAUGGUGAUGGCAAAACUGAGCUUCUUGUUGGCUCUGAAGAUUUUGACAUCCGGGUGUUCAAACAAGAUGAGAUCAUGGCAGAAAUGUCAGAGACAGAGACUGUUACUGCACUUAACCCCAUGUGUGGCAGUCGAUUUGGUUAUGCUCUUUCUAAUGGAACAGUUGGAGUUUAUGAGAAGACAAACCGUUACUGGAGGAUUAAGUCUAAAAACCAAGCGAUUAGCAUACAUGCAUUUGACCUGAACUCAGAUGGUGUAUCUGAGUUGAUCACUGGCUGGUCCAAUGGGAAGGUUGAUGCACGCAAUGACCGAACUGGGGAGGUCAUCUUUAAGGACAACUUUGCUUCCUCAAUUGCAGGAGUGGUGGAGGGGGAUUACAGAAUGGAUGGGAGCAACCAGUUAAUCUGCUGUUCAGUUGAUGGUGAAAUCCGAGGCUAUCUGCCAGGAAGUGAGGAGAUGAAAGGAAACCUAAUGGAUACAAGUGCUGAGCAGGAUCUGAUCCGAGAACUUAGUCAAAAGAAACAAAACCUGCUGCUGGAAUUAAGAAAUUAUGAGGAAAGUGCAAAGGCUGAACUGAACAGUGUGAAUAUAGAUGGGCAGAGAGGUGUGAUUCCAGCAAAUACCCAACUCCAGACAGCCCUCUUGGUUAAUCUGGGCUCUGACAGCCGGUCUGCCCAUGUGGAGCUAUGUAUUUCUACCACAAAUGACACAAUCAUCCGUGCUGUGCUGAUCUUUGCUGAGGGCAUAUUUGAAGGAGAGAGCCAUGUGGUACACCCCAGUCCCCAGAAUCUCUCAGGCUGUAUUCGUGUUCCCCUUACACCAGCCAAGGAUGUUCCUGUGGAUUUGCACAUCAAAGCCUUUGUGGGUUACAGGAACAGCACACAGUUCCAUGUAUUUGAGUUGACAAGACAGCUUCCCCGCUUCUCAAUGUAUGCCCUGAGCAGCCCGGACUCCACCGCAGAGCCCCUGAGCUUUGUUAACUGCACAAUGAACGAGAGGCCACAAAGGAUUGUUACUUGGCUGAAUCAGAGCUUCUUGCUACCAGAGGAUGUGGAAUUUCAGAGCGUUCCCUUUCAGGUUUGCUUCACUUCCCUUCGUAAUGCAGGCCAGCUCUGCAUCAAAAUCAAGCCUGGCGGAGAGAUUUCCAUCAAUACGGAUGAUAUUGAUCUAGCUGGUGAUAUUAUCCAGUCCAUGGCCUCCUUUCUGGCCGUUGAAGAUCUGCAGGUGGAAGCAGAUUUCCCUGCCUACUUUGAGGAACUGCGAAAGGUGUUGGUCAAGGUGGAUGAACACCAUGCUGUGAAUCAGAGGCUCACUGCCGACAUGGCUGAACACUCCAGACUCAUCCGCAGCAUGCUGCUUCAAGCAGAAGAUGCACGAUGCCACGGGGACAUGAAGAACAUGAAGACACGUUACAUCGAGCUGUAUGAUCUUAACAGAGAUUUAAUAAGUCAAUACAAAAUACGUUGCAACAAUCACACAGAGCUAUUGAAUAACCUGAAAGCUGUGAAUCAGGCAAUCCAGAGGGCUGGGCAGUUACGUGUUGGCAAACCUAAAGCACAAGUGAUCAGUGCUUGUCGGGAUGCAAUAAGAAGCAACAACUUUCAUACACUGUUCAGGAUAAUGCGUGUGGGAGCAGCCCCUUCGUGAAAAGAGGAGCAGCAGUUGCACAGAGGCAGCGUUUGCAGGCAGAUAACAAACCAGGAACAACAAGCAGUUAAUUCAGUCCCCUGCUCUCUAGCAUGAAGUCAUUGCAAAGGUAGCAUUGUAGUUAAGCUGUCAGGUGCAAUGUUAUUACGGAGGUCAAAGCUUCAUGAAGGAAGCAUUAGUUUUAAGUGUAGAUGUGAUAUUUAUGCAAGACAGGUAUAACUUCAGAACAGUUAUUUUUCUUACAGUAACUUAUUUAUGUAUUUUAAUAUAUUUUGUAGUUAAGGCAUUACCCUUUUUCCAUUAAAACACAGACUGGUUUGAUAUCUUUUGUUCUGAUUUAGCUGGGAGAGAUGCAUGUGAUUUAUUUGCUGGAAAAACCCAAGCAUUUCUGGUUUUGCUGUAUGGUCUCUGCACGCUAAGCAUGUAAACACUCUGUGCUGGAGAGUCCUGCAUGUCAUUGCAAGGAAGUGCUGUUUUCUGUGUAAAUUUUAAUGCAAUGCACUAGAAGCACCAAAGAGUAACACCUCCUUGCUGGCUUUUAAGCCAGGUCUUUGAAAGCCGUCUGGUUCCACACAGGUAAGAAGAAGUCUGUUUCAUAUCCAGCACUCUCCAUACACCUGGCUUGCAGGAAGUUUUACUUCAGCUACUGUUUUUGUGCUACUGUUGGGAAAAAAAAGCCCUGCAUAUACUGAGGUGGGUGAGGGUGCGUUUCAGGAGCAACAAACCAAACUACACACCGAAGCUUGGUGCAUACUUCCGAAGAGCUGCCAAGUACAUAAUGGGGAAGGUAUUGAAAAUUGUCUUGGCUCCUGGCCCAAACCUGUUUAUUACUUGUGGGAUCUCUUAGAAUUGGAUUACAACAUUACAGUAAGGCGCUUAAAGAUUUUUUAGAAUCUUUGCCAAAGUAACUUUCUUCCAGAGGCUAAAAAUAUCUUGCACUGGGUGGAGGUUGGGCCCCAGUGCUCCUCGUUCCUGCACCAUUCAUCACAUCUGUUGCUGUAUGGGUCGGUGUUUGUGAUUUGGGCAUGGAAGAGGCAGUCCUCCUCUCUGAAGUUCUGGGGUAGCUUCUUGGGGCUGUCAGGAAUAUGUGCAUCCUGUAUCUGGUCUCUUGCCACUACCAAAUUCAAGCCAGCAGCCCACUAUUUGUUACAGAGCCACCUGUGAGCACGCAACCAGCUGGAUGGGGAGUGCAAAUCUUGCAGGGUGUUUUAACCCCUAAAGUG